AUGGCUAGUCUUAGCUACAACUCCAACUCCAACUUGGAACCAAAUAUGCAACAACUCAACGAGUUUCUUUUUGAUUUCAACUAUGACCAGAGCUUUCCUAAACCAGAGGCUUGCUAUUUCGAUCCAUUUUUCGACUCCAGCGAUUUUGUUUUCCCAGCAAUAUUAAUGGAACCAAAUUGUAUCGUGCCAGAAAUCCAAGAGUACUACUCUGAUUUUCAGAUGAGCAAUCCAAAACGGCAAAAAGUCUUUCAAUUAGACAACUGCCAUCAUCAAGAUAUAAUAACUCAUGAGGGUAAUUUGUCCAAUGGGCCAAUCUAUCAAUCGUUUUCAUUUCCAGAAAAUAUUCCUAUGCCACAGUUGGAGUUUCCGAGUCCGCCUGUUUUUAAUAGCGGGUGCUGCCAUGAGAAAAAGGAGAAGAAGAUGUCUGCACAGAGCAUAGCGGCGAGACAAAGGAGAAAGAAGAUUACUGAGAAAACGCAAGAAUUAGGGAAGCUGAUACCUGGUGGACACAGAAUGAACACUGCUGAAAUGCUUCAAGCUACUUUUAAGUAUGUUAAGUUCUUGCAAGCCCAAGUUGGACUUCUUGAAUUCAUUGGAUCACAUCAGGAGAAUGGGAAAUCAUAUGAAACACCAGAUUUGCAAAAACUUGUUGGAUCGCCCUUGAUUCAGGAGAAGUUAUACUCAAGUGACAAUUGCUUGGUUCCCAAAGUGUUCCUUGAAGACCUAGACAAGAAUCAUGAAUUCCAACAUUCACAAAGCGUUGACCAAGUCAAGAAAUUGAUUACAUGA